AUGGCUUCGACAGACAGCGAGGUGAAAACCCUCCUCAACUUCGUCAACUUGGCCUCGAGCGACAUCAAGGCCGCCCUGGACAAGUCGGCCCCCUGCCGCCGCUCCGUAGACCACAGAAAAUACCUGCAGAAGCAGCUCAAGCGCUUUUCCCAGAAAUAUUCCCGCCUGCCCCGCUGCCACCACCACCACCUGCAGCCGCAGUUGCCUCCCGCUCGGGAGCGGAGACCGCCGGAAGGGAGGGCACGGGGCCUGAGCCCCGAGAGUUCGGUAGGCCGAGGCCACGCUGCCUCCGGGGCGGCCAAGGGCGACAAGGCCUCCCAGGCCCCAGAGCGCCUCGGCGGUGAGGAGGAGCAGCAGCAGCAACAACAGCCGGGAGCCUCGGAGGCAGGGGCCAGGCCCGACCAAGUGCCCAUGAGGAAAAGGCAACUGCCCGCUUCUUUUUGGGAAGAACCCCGGCCUGCUCCGGGCUCCCCCGGUGUUGUAGGUGGCGUGAUCUUUCCAAUGGGAGUGUGCUCCUCGCCCUCUUCUUCCUCGUCAUCCUCCAAAGACCUGCCUCCUUACGAGGGAAAGAAAAAUAAAAUAGGCCUCGACGGCGGCGGCGGCGGCACUGGCACGGCUCUCGAGAGCCCCCCGCGCAGGCCAGAGGCCGAGGCCACCAAAGGACUGAGGACCUGGGGCUGCUGUCCAUUUCAGUACCACGGUCCGCAGGCCUCCCCCGGCCUCUACCCGCCCCCGCUGCCUGCCGCCCUACCCCCCGCGGCCCCCUUCUCGGCUCUGGGUUUGUGGCGGAAAGAUGCGCCUUCCCCGACGGAGGGCGAGGCCUUCUGCCAGCCAGGGCAGAAAGUGUAUCGGCCUGUAGUGUGGAAGCCCAUCCCCACCAAGCCCGCCGCCGCGCCACCCCUCAUCUUUAGCGUCUUCAGUUAUCUUUAG